AUGGAGACUUUUGGUCCAAAUCCGCCCGUGAAACAAUUCGUUCUGUGUUUCGAUGGAACGGGUAAUAAGUUCGCUGGUGAUGCGUCUGAUACGAACCUUGUCAAGAUCUACCGUAUGCUAGAUCGAAGCCAAAGUCAUCAAUACCACUACUACCAACCCGGAAUAGGGACAUACAUCACCUCCCACACCUUAGGAAGCAAAAGCCGUCUCGCCCGCAUAAAUUCCGCCUACAAAAAGGCCAAAGAUGCAGCGUUGGGCUCCUCAUUUGACGAACAUGUACUGGGCGGGUACAAGUUUCUAAUGCGCUACUACAUCCCAGGCGACGAUAUCUAUUUCUUCGGCUUUAGUCGUGGCUCAUACACCGCGCGUUUCUUAGCGGAGAUGCUCGAUUUCAUUGGACUUUUACAACCAGGGAACGAAGAAUUGAUUCGAUUCGCCUGGAAGACAUUCGCGAAGUGGCAACAAAGAAAAGAUUCCACAGACCACGACCACGAAGAGAAGCAGCGGCUGUUUAACUUUAUGAAAGCUUUUCGGGAAACAUUUAGUAGGCCUGUUGGUCGUAUUCGGUUUAUGGGGUUGUUUGAUACAGUUAAUUCCGUGCCUAUGUUUGAGAAUGCGUGGAUGGAGAGAAAUAAGUUUCCCUACACGGCUCAUAGUACUGCGAGGGUCAUUCGGCAUGCUGUUUCGAUUGAUGAGCGACGGGCAAAGUUUAGGCAGGAUUUGAUCUCGGAGGCUAGGGCCAGUCCUGGACCGGGGGUCGGGCAUAAAUUGAGGCACUUGAUGGAUCAUGCUAAGGCAAGUGUCCCGGAGAUUGUUCUGGAUGUUGCUCAGAAUGGGAACGGUAAUAAUGCGCCACAUGAUCGGAGGGGAUCCCGUCAGGAGGGUGGUCGUGGGGAGGAGCGGUACCGGGCUCCUUCACCUUUGCGAAGCGCAAGGGCUAGCGCGGAAGGAUUGGUGAAUGAACCGGCAAAUGAGGGUUUGAUGCCUGAUAUGAUUUCACUUAAAAGUGCUGUCUCGAGAGCGCAUCUGCAUGUGCCGAGUUUGAAUAUACCUGGCAACGAGGAGGAUGAUGAUGAUGAGCAGGAUAUAUCUGAGGUUUGGUUUCCGGGUCAACAUGGUGAUGUUGGGGGAGGAUGGAAGCUCAAUCCUGAAGACAAAUGGCCUUUGAGUCAUAUUCCUCUUGUGUGGAUGGUUAAAGAGGCACAGCUUGUUGGAUUGGAGUUUGAUGCCGAGAAACUCAAACGCUUCAACUGCUAUGAAGAGCCCGGAGAGAUGUACCCCGGACUCAAAGAUUCCACAACCUUAAACGGCGAUGUAUCGAAUACCCAUGGCAUGCAACGUCGAGAAGAUGCUUUCACAGAGACUCUUACCCAAACUAUGGACCACGGCAUCGUCCAUGAUUGCCUCACGUACGGCGCAGGAGUGUCAUUCUUUUCGACGCUAUCUUGGCGGUUGAUGGAGUACCUACCUUUCCGAAGAAUGGACCUCCAAGCUGAUGGAUCUUGGAAGCCGAUUCGCUGGCCUCUUCCUCGUGGGGAGGUGCGUGAUAUUCCCGAGGAUGCGCAAAUCCAUGUUUGUGCCAUUCAUCGCAUGCAGAUAGAUCCCAGGUAUCGGCCAGGAAAUUUGAUUAUUGGAGGUGGGGGUCGAGGCUUGAAAAGAGCCCCUGAGAAAUAUGGGAUUGGGGAAUGGGAGGUUUGUAAGCAUGAAGAUGACCCUGUGAGACGGACUUAUGUUCGGAAGAAGCCGCAAAGUGUUUGUCAAGAUGAGAAACAUGAGUCCUCUGUUUAG